CAAACCCUGCAUACUGUACGCAUUCCCAUAUGUAAUCUACCAAUCCACUACUACAUCGCAAUUAAAACCUCAAGAUGUCACAAAGAGUCUACUUCCUAGCCCACGGCCGAGUGCAAGGCGUGAGCUACCGCUAUUUCGCACAUAAGAAAGCAGCCGAGCACAACAUCACCGGAUGGUGUCGAAAUACCGAGAAUGGAAAAGUUGAAGGCGAGGCCCAAGGAGAUGAAGACUCCAUCAAAUCGUUUCUGAAGGAACUUGACAGAGGCCCGACUCAUGCUCAUGUCGUUAGACUGGACAAAGAAGCCAGAGACGUGCAAGAAGGGGAGGCCCGCUUCGAGGUACGGAGAUGAGGGAUGAGUGACAAGUAUAGAGUAUCCAACAUGUAGCCUCGACAAACCAGCAAACGAAGGAACAUAGACUGUAUUCACAU